AGCUGAAACAUAAAAGAGAACACAAACUAUAGAUCGAGGAUACAAUCACACAAAUAACAGGGAUCAAAACACAAGAAAAUUUGAUCGGCAUUCUCCAGGACAAAAUAAGUAAUAGUCUGGAAAAAAAAAAAGCAAACAAACGUUUCAAUACUCCGGAGCAGCGUAGAACAUCUUAUCCAAUCUCUUUAUCACGAAGAAAAAGUGCCAGUUUCAGAUUCUGCUCGGAUUCAAAGGAUUUAAGAUGGUGUUGUUUUCACUUUAAGUUUACUUUGACCUUUUGCAACACAGUCCGUAGACUUCAUACCCAAGCCUCUCAAUUAUCGACGAGUUGAAGAAGGACCAUACAGUUUCAGAAAGCGAUGGCAGAUCGUCAGACCAACUCAACGGUGACUAUACUUCACAACGCCGUCAUCGUCACCGUGGACCCCGACGGCCGGGUCUUCCGCAACGGCGCCGUCGUCAUCGAGCAUGACUCCAUCAGAGCCGUUGGUCAAUCGUCGGCUAUUCUUCACCAGUUCUCUGCUCAAGCCCAUCAGCUUCUCGAUCUCAACGGCCAAAUCAUACUUCCUGGAUUCAUCAACACACACGUACACACAUCUCAACAACUAGCGAGGGGGAUAGCCGAUGACGUCGAUUUGAUGACGUGGCUGCACGAACGGAUUUGGCCUUACGAAUCCAACAUGACUGAGGAAGAUUCAUACAUUUCUACUCUGCUUUGUGGAAUUGAGCUCAUUCACUCUGGUGUAACUUGCUUUGCUGAAGCAGGAGGGCAACAUGUGUCAGGAAUGGCGAGGGCAGUUGAGUUACUGGGUAUACGGGCAUGUUUAGCCGAGUCCAUCAUGGACUCUGGCGACGGCCUGCCCACAACUUGGGCUGCUCGGAGUACUGAUGAUUGUAUUCAGUCUCAGAAAGAGCUUUACAAGAAGCACCAUAAUACAGGUGAUGGCCGCAUCAGAGUGUGGUUAGGAAUUAGGCAGAUCAUGAAUGCAACUGAUGGUUUACUACUUGCAACAAGGGACAUUGCCAAAGAACUCAAAACUGGAAUCCACAUGCAUGUUGCAGAGAUAGCAUAUGAGAAUCAGUUUGUGACAGAUACGCGAAAAGUUAACCAUGGAACAGUCACACACUUGGAGCAGAUAGAUUUUCUCCAUAACAAUUUGCUAGCAGCUCAUACAGUUUGGGUCAACGAUUCUGAGAUUGAUUGUCUUUCAAGGGCUGAGGUAAAAGUAUCUCACUGUCCUGCUGCUGCAAUGCGAAUGCUUGGAUUUGCGCCUAUUAGAGAGAUGAUUGGUGCUGGAAUCUGUGUCUCCUUGGGAACAGAUGGGGCCCCAUCAAAUAAUAGAAUGAGCUUAGUUGAUGAGAUGUACCUGGCCUCUCUGAUUAACAAAGGACGGGAAGUUCACACAAAUGGAACCACUGAUCCUACUGCUCUUCCUUCUGAAACAGUUCUCAAGAUGGCGACUUUAAAUGGUGCAAAAUCUGUACUCUGGCAUAAUGAAAUAGGGUCCCUUGAAGUUGGGAAAAAGGCUGACCUGGUCGUUAUCAAUCCUUCCACUUGGACAAUGAUUCCUCUCCAUGACUGCAUUUCGAGCCUUGUGUAUUCUAUGCGAACUGAAAACAUUGUCUCUGUAAUGUGCAAUGGCAAGUGGAUUAUGCAGGAUAAGAAGAUUCUGAAUGUGGAUGAGGAACACGUUAUUUCAAUGGCAAAGCAAGCUUCGGCAGAAAUUGUAAAGAGAGCAGGCAUCAAAAUACCAGACAGGAUGAACUUUGUUUGAUGGCCGACUUACAAAAGAUGCCCUGCUUGUCUGGAUAUUCUCCUAAAAGAGCAAUUGUUGCCAUAAAAAAGAAAGAAUAAGAGACUACAACAGUUGCAGUUGUUGGUGUUAUUAGCUACCAAAAGCCACCCAGAGCUAGUGACCGUUUGUUAUUUACCUUCAUUUUUAUGGAUGUGAUGUAAAAAUGUCACCUUCGUAUCGUUGUAGUGAAAGCUAUAUCCACUGUUUAGUUGCAAAGUAUACUUUUCUGAGAGUAGUCGGACGACAGAGAUUUUUUGUGCAACUGUAUUCUCAAAAUAUCAGGUCAUAUAUGUCCAAGCUGUCCUUAUGGCCUUGUAAGGCCUACGGUUGCAACAGUUUA